AAGAAGCGUAAACCGUGUGAAUAUUUUAUAAUUAUUUAGAACAAUUUUAAGAAAUAUGUCUGCAAACAUUUCGGAAAACGCGGUUGACGGCGAUGUGAAUAACAAUGAAGCCGCUGCCUGUGGACAGGCUGAACAAGAGGAGCAGCCAGCGGCGCAACCCCAAAACGAGCUGCUCGACAUGGUAUUCACAUUGGAGAGCGAAAAGCAAGCGUUGCUCGAGGAGUCCCGCAAACGAAUUGGUGCGCUGCGCAAAGAUUUUGAGGAUGCGCGAUGCGAGAAUGAGCGAUUACAGAAGCGAGUGGCCAAUUUGGAGCAGUCCCUGAAGCAGUCGGUGAUGCUGGGAGGCACAGAUGCGCCCAAAUCACGCCAGGAGCAGGAGGAGCUGCUGCUUAAGGCCAAAACUUUGCUCUUUGAAAAGACAAAAGUCAACAAGCAGCAGGAACAACAGAUUGCCGUGCUCAAGAAUCAGGUGGACUCCAUUAAGGAUGUGCUGCAGGUGACCAAAGACAUGCUGCAGCUAAAAACCACAGAGUGCGAACACACCCAAGCGCGUCUGGAGAAGAGUCAACUGUGGAUCAAGGCCGAGCAGGACAAGUGUGCGCUCACCGAAAAGAAACUGGCUAUAUCAAAGUCCGUCUACGACAAGCUGCGUGCAGAAUAUGACACACAGUCAAAGAUAUUCAAGGACCUGAAGGCAGCCUAUGAGCAAAAGUUGCAGGUGCUGAGUGUAGCAUUGGCAGAAGCCAAAAAGUAGUUGAACAAUUUAAU